AUGUCGCAGCCGGGCGAACAUCCUGCUGAGCUGCCGUCCGCCUCCCUGUUCCGCUCCCGAGCCGUCUGCAAGGCGUGGCACCGCAUCACCACGGAGCCUUCGUUCCUGGCCGCCCACGCCGACCGGCGUCCAGCCGAGCUGCUCGUCGUAUCAAGAGGGGAACCAUCUUUUCUAGACGCCAUCCCGCUGUCUCUGCAACUCGACGACUUGAUGAGGCGCCAGAGCCAACUACACUGCCCCAAGCACUGUGAGGUUCGCGCCCUGAUGGGUAGCUGCGACGGGCUCGUGCUGUUCCAGAAAUCCCGUGAAAGUUUGUUCAAAUCCGAUUUCUUCGUAUGCAACCCGGUGACCAGGCAGGGAGCUAGGUUGGACUUGAAGCCACCUUCUUGCCCCGACGUGGCCAGGCUGUGCGGCUUCUACCGGCACGGCCAGGGCCGGCCCUUGGCCGACGGUGUAGUCGUAGACGAGUUCGCCUAUUUCAUCGACCACUACGCCCACCACAGGGGCAAAAUUCACUGGACGAUCCAUCCUCUGGCCAGAAGCGCCGAGAAGAUCCUGGCGUUCGACACGGUGUCCAAGGAUUUCCGGCUGAUAUCGCGCCCGCCGUGGCCGAGGGAUCACUACCGUGACAACGAUCUCUGCCUCUUGGAGUUGGACGGUAGGCUAGCCGUGACAGCCACUGAACUCCAUGGAGAUUCCGUGGAGCUCUGGGUGCUCGAGGAGUAUGACGACGAGCAGAGCUGGUCACACCGCUUCCGGAUCGUCCUGCCGCCGGGGUUCUCUCCAGAUUGGUGGACGGGCACCGGCGUCCCCAACGUCGUUUUCGUGGCAAGCUACACAUAUAAUUUCAAGGCGCUGUAUCAUCUUACCGAGAAGAGGAUCGUAAAGCAGAUAGAGUAUAUCAAUGGCACAUGGGGUUACUGCUACCUCUUCAAGGAUAGCCUUGUGCCGCACUCCUUCUUGAAUCCUUAUUAA